AUGUCGCCCGAGGAGGAGCUGGACGGGUGCGAGCCGGAGCCUCUAGGGAAGCGGCCGGCCGUCCUGCCUUUGCUGGAGUUGGUCGGCGAGGCCAGUAACAGCCCCGGCAAGGACGGCUCACUCCCCUCGACGCCGCCCCCAGCAGAGGAGGAGGAGGACGAGUUGUACCGGCAGUCCCUGGAGAUUAUCUCUCGAUACCUCCGGGAGCAGGCAACCGGCACCAAGGACGCGAAGCCACUGGGCAGGUCUGGGGCCGCCAGCCGGAAGGCGUUAGAGACCCUGCGACGGGUCGGGGACGGUGUGCAACGGAACCACGAGACGGCCUUCCAAGGCAUGCUUCGGAAACUGGACAUCAAAAACGAAGACGAUGUCAAAUCUUUGUCUCGAGUGAUGGUCCAUGUUUUCAGUGACGGAGUAACAAACUGGGGCAGGAUUGUGACUCUCAUUUCUUUUGGUGCCUUUGUGGCCAAACACUUGAAGAGUAUAAACCAAGAAAGCUGCAUCGAACCAUUAGCAGAAAGCAUCACAGAUGUUCUCGUAAGGACAAAAUGAGACUGGCUAGUCAAACAAAGAGGCUGGGAUGGGUUUGUGGACUUCUUCCAUGUAGAGGACCUAGAAGGCGGCAUCAGAAAUGUGCUGCUGGCUUUUGCAGGUGUUGCCGGAGUAGGAGCUGGUUUGGCGUAUCUAAUAAGAUAGCCUUUUAAGUGCAAUAAUUGACUCUUAACCAACUCCAGCCACCAAAACCACAUACGCCUGCUGUGAAAUCAGAUGUAUUUAUGAAGUUGGACUUAAAGCUGUGCAGGCCAUAACCUCCAGGAGUUCUAGUCUAGCAACGGAGAAAAGCAAGCGGCAGGAGGCUUAUGGCUAACAGGAAUAAAUACAUGGGAAAAGUAGUCCCUCUUGAAGAGUCACUGUCUGAAAGAAGUGAAAGAAGCGGAGUUCAGUUUCAGCAACAGGCAAACUUUGGGAGGCCACGGAGGAGGACUUUUAGAUUUAGUGAAGACGGUAGGGUGGAGAGACUUUAAUUACUUUGCCUAGAACAGGAAAGUGGCCAGUAGCCAGGCUAGUCAUAGAGUUCAUUAAAUAUGCCCACUGAAUCCAUUAACUUCUAUAGUGUUAAAAUAGAAGCACUAACAACGCCAGCGGCAUGUGUAAAAUGGAUUUAAGCUAUAAGUAAUAGAACCUAUGACUAGAAGCCUCAACACUGUACAACAGAGUGUGAAGGGAAGCUUUAUCCUCUAUAAUUAGCUUUCCUAGAUGUGCUUCUUGAAUAGAAAGUCCAAUGCUCAGGAUGUUUAUACCUGUUCUACUCUGGUUUGGUUUGAGUGAUUCCUAGUUUAUUAGCCUAGUGUCAUGGCCAAGAAUACUUGACUUAAGGCUCAAUUACAAAUCUGGAAUAUGCUGUUUUUAAGACAAAAACUUGUAACCGUCUGUAAAAAUUGUAUAUAUUUUUACAGAACAUCUGUUUGAAAUGUAAAGGGAGAAAAGUCUGAAAUUACAUUAGUUUUUUCAUACCCUUUUGAAAUUUACAACUUCUGUAGUUAGGAACCUGUUUCUUAUAGCUUUUUCUAUUCUAAAUUUUGUGCUAGUCAGUUCUAGAUUGUAUACAGAACCAACUGAUGUAAUUGUAUGCAACCUGGUUGUAGUACAACAAUUCUGAUUCAUAACUAUGCAGGCUUUAAUUUUCCUAUCUGAUUUUGGUAAGUAUUUCUUAAAUAGCUGUUUGGGUUUUUUGUUUUUGUUUUUAACCUGGGGCUGAGAAAUUGAGGAAUGGAAAUUAAUCCUUUCACUUUGUUACAUGUGGGUUUUCAAUAAUUGAGUCAAGGUUUUAAGGAUUUAUUGGGGGGGCAGGGCACACAGGCUGAUGACUUACAAAUAAUGGGCUCUGAUUGGGCAACUACUCAUUUGAGUUCCUUCCAUUUGACUUAAUUUAACUGGUGAAAUUUUAACUGAGUUCAUGAGCUCAUCUUCAAAGCUUUUGCUAAAAGAUUUUCAGCUGUUCCAAAUGGGACUUAUUAGGAGUAUGUAUAAAAAGAUCACAUUGGGUGGAUGAGAGACAUUUGAUCCCUUGUUUGCUUAAUAAAUUGUACAAUGAUGGCUUGGAAAAGCAGGCUAUAGUCUAACCAUGGUGCUAUUACUAGGCUUGCUUGUUAAACGCAGGUCUAAGCCUAGUGAGUUAAUAAAACGAAUACUUAUUUCUUUUCUAUUAAUGAUU